UCUCCCAUCGCUAACCCAGCUGUUUUGGCGGCAUUCACGUUAGGAUAAUACGCAACAACUUCUCAGUUAAGCUUAUUUAUAAUGUGCAGCUAUUGUUAAGUUAAGUUUAGUUGGACUAAAGUAUUAUUAUGACGGAUAAAAGCGCAUUAACUGAGGCAUUGGAAAAGUUCUUUGGCCACAAAUGCUUCAAAUCAGAGCUGCAGGAACGAGCUAUCACAUGCGCUGUGAAAAAGAAAAAGGAUGUUUAUGUGUCGAUGCCCACGGGAUCGGGCAAAUCGCUAUGCUUCCAGCUGCCAGGCUUGAUGUGCGAGAAUCAGUUGACAAUCGUUUUCUCCCCUCUGCUAGCAUUGAUCAAAGAUCAGAUCGACCACCUGGCCAAACUCAAGGUGCAGGCAGACUCGCUUAACUCCAAGAUGAGUACCAAGGAGCGCGAACGUGUCAUCAUGGAUUUGCGUGCUGUCAAGACCAAGAUCAAAUUUCUGUAUAUAACGCCGGAGCAAGCGGCCACCAAGUUCUUUCAGGAGCUACUCCACUCACUUUACAAACACAAUAAGCUCGCAUAUUUUGCAGUGGACGAGGCACACUGCGUCUCCCAGUGGGGUCACGACUUUCGACCCGACUAUCUAAAGCUUGGCGAGCUGCGGACCAAGUAUCCAGACGUCGUUUGGUUAGCUCUGACAGCGACCGCUUCGAAGGAGGUGCGCGAGGAUAUUUAUAAGCAGUUGCGGUUGCGCCAACCCGUGUCCCAAUUUUGUACUCCCAGCUUCCGAUCCAAUCUCUACUACGAUAUUGUAUACAAGAAUUCCAUUGAGGAUGAUUUUCAGCAUUUGGCCACAUUUGCAAAGCAUUGCUUUGGCAAUGAAUCCGAGUUUAAGGCCAUGCCUAAAUCAAAGCGAGGUUGCGGCAUCAUAUACUGUCGCACUCGAGAUCAGGUGGAACGCGUCGCUGUGGGUGUCUCGAAGCAGGGUGUCGGUGCCGUGGCCUAUCAUGCUGGACUAAAGACAGCAGAGCGCACAGAGGUACAGGAGUCUUGGAUGCGUGGGGAUCAGCCCAUCAUUUGUGCAACCAAUAGCUUUGGAAUGGGUGUCGAUAAGCCCAGCGUGCGCUUCGUUAUCCACUGGGAUGUGCCGCAAAAUGUGGCCGCCUACUAUCAGGAAUCGGGUCGCGCAGGACGCGACGGCCUUCAAUCGUUUUGCCGUCUUUACUAUGGCCGCGAGGAUGUACGCUCCAUCCGCUUUCUCCUGCAAAACGAUGUGCAGCGAGCUCGCGGUCGUGCGGAUCGUGAGAUGCUCACGGAACGCGCUUUACGUCAAUUCGAGCGAAUUGUAAAUUUCUGUGAACAGAUUCGCUGCCGACACAAACUAUUUGCCGACUAUUUUGGAGAUCCCUCGCCCGCUUGCACGGCUCAGUGUGAUGUGUGCAAGCGACCGAAGCAAGCGGAAAAGGCGCUCGAGACAUUUCAGAAACUCUGCAUGGAUGCCACCUUCAAAUCGGACAUUUCAUUGCAGGAUUGCUCUGAUCUUUACGAGGGUGGUCGAGCGGGCAGCAAGCGAGCAGCCCAAGAUUAUGCCAGUGCUGAUUCGGACCAAGAGUCGGAGCAAAGUCACGCAGCUCAGGCAAAGCGGAUGAAAAAGGAAACCGAAAACUUUAUUCGCGAGCAGUUUAAGCUGCGGAAACAAUUAAGCUCAGCGCGCCAGCUAGAACAAGAAACAAGCACGCAAAUAUCACGUGUGCAGCAGGCGCAAUCGACGGAGACAAAAAUCAGUGGACUACAGCAUACGAGUCGAGAAAAAUACCUGGACGCCAUCAUCGAUGCACUGAAAGCGAAUGUGCAGAAGUGUGAAAAGGAAUCGGAUCAGCAGCCACGCAGCGCCUUAAGGCACAAUGACUAUGAGGCCAUGGCAGUGGAACUGGAAUACGAAGUAUUUCGGCAGCAGCGCGUUGCCAACAUGUAUCGACAUGCCCUGGCCAAGCAGCUGGCGAGCAUUAAACAACUAACUGCUAAGACAAUGCUAAUGCCGAUGAUUCUUGAAUAUGUGCCGCGACCGGAGACAAGCGCCAAGGGCGUCUGGACAGGUGGAAGUGUGGCCUAUUUUGAACGCAAACUUAGGGAUUUAGAGGAGCAGAAGCCACAGUCUAUGAAGGAGACACCAAAAGCGCUGCGCGAGCGCAAAGGCUUCAAAGAGGAUCAAGCCAAGCAAACAUCAAUUGCCAGUUUCUUUACCAAAGUCAAGCAAGAAGUUAAGGAGGACGAAAUAGCAGUGAGUCCAACGGAACCUUCUGUCACUGUUAAAACAGAGCCAGCAGAUGAUGCUGACAAUGGGCUACUGAAGGAUGUGGAGGAGAAUGACCGUAAAACAAGUACGGAAUUGCCAGCUCUUGAAACAAAAGUAAAGCAGGAACAAUUCAACGUUGCAGAAAGUCCGCUGAAUGACAAACAGUUGGAACUCGAGUUUGGAGACAGAAAAUAUAGACUAAUGUCAAAUGGCGAUGGUAGCUACGAUACGCAUCGAAAAGCGCGUGUUUCGCUCCUAGAACCAGUAACGGAAAAGAAGCCAGUAAAGCCUAAAGAGAACUUCAAAUUGAACUUUAGCAAAUUGGAAAGAGAAAAGAAUGAAAUCGAAGAGGAAAUGGAAACGAGCAUGGACUCAAUAGAAUUCACCACUGCUAAAAGAAUGAUGACAGAAACGAAGUCGGAACACGAGGUAGAUAAGAAGCUGCCAGAACUAAAAAAAGAAUCUUUGACACUUAACGGUGGCUUUCAGACUGCGAGACAAUUGCUAGAGCAAAAAAACAUGCAAGCGAAAAUUAAAGAAGAGCCACAGUUAGAGGAGUCUAGCGACUUGAGAAAGAAGCAAGCAUACAUUAAAGAUGAGCCACAUUUGAAGAAGUCGAAGGAAAUUAAGUCGCCGGUCUUACAGGAGAAGGCAAGAGAUGACUCUCUCAAGGAUAAGUCCUCUUCUCAGAUGAAAAAAAAACCGCAAGUCAAUCAGCAAAAGAACGAUGUUAGCAAAUCUGUGGUGCAGUGGCUAAAUCCCUAUUACAAGCGUAAAAUAGCCACCAGGGAGCUGUUUAAGGCGCUUGCAAAACUCAUCACGCAACGCAUUUGCGACGGCAGCCUGGGCAACGGCGAUGUGUGCAAGUGUUACAUUAAGGAAACAUUUCACAGCCUCAAGAUGAUCGAGAAUGAUCAGGACAUUGAGAAAUACUUUACAAUUUCUAUUAAAUGAGCAACAUCGAAUUUUGAUACUGCCUUUGCCUAUGUCCGCCAGCUCCUCGAAAUGUUGUUAUUAAUAUGUUAUCAGUUAUAGGAACUGUUUUUUGUUGUAUGUCGUUAAACCUACUGUAAAUAUUGAUAAUCACUUUUAAUCCUAAUGGAAACAGCUUACAAAAUUAUCAUUUCAAACGUUACAAAUAUCGCUUGGAAGCCAAGUUUAGAUUUUAAUGAUCGGUUAUAAGAUCCUACAGCAAAAUGCGCAUGUUUAAUUAAAAAU